AUGAAUUAUUCGUUUAAAAUUGACGAGGUUCCAUCACCAGAAGUUCCAUCUAUUUCUGAUGAAUUACGUAAAGCAAAACUAUAUUUACAAAGACAUAAUGGAGAAUCUGAUGACAGUUUGUAUGACCACUUGAGUAAAUUAUUGAAUAAAAUUCUUUCUGAACGACCAAACAAUGCUUUAGAUAUUUUUGAAGAAUAUAGUAAAAAUUUGAAGCAGGAGCGAUUUAUAAAUCAAGCUGAUUAUCUUCAAAAUAUUUAUAUUCCGCCAUUAGAGUAUGAAAACGCAAAAAAACAAAUUAAAAUUUUUGAGAUGUCUAAAGUUCAAGAAGUAGAGAAACACAUAAAAAUAGUUCAAGAAAAGGAGGCGGAAAUCGAUAUUAAAGAUGCAGAAAUUAAUUUAAUGAAUCUAUUAUAUUUCAUUGAACAAGCUGAUGUCGGUUUAACUCGAUCUGAAAUAUUAAUAUUAAAUUUGGGUAUACAACAUUUAAUUCGUGAAGCUCCAAUUCAAAAUGUCAGAUUUUGGGGAAAAGUUCUUGGCAAUCCAAAAAAUUAUUACGUUCUUGAGGCCAAUUUGAAAAAAGAAGAAAUCACUAAUAGACAAAAAAAAGUUACAAGUAGAGAGGAAUUAGAAAAGAAAACAGGAAAUACAGAAGGAACAGAAAUUAAUACGCAAUACGAAUCUACCGAUACAGAAGCUUUAGAGGAAAGCGUAACUGAAAUUUUAACAAAAGCAAAAUCAGUAGAGUCAAAACGGAAAUUACUUCUUUCAGAUUUACCAAAAAAUGUAUGGCAACCUUUUGUACAGAUUCCUCCUGAACCUAUUGGAAUGGGACUUAAUCAAAAGGUUUACUUUGUUUGCAAUUCACCUGGAAUAGAUAAAUGGAUUGAAUUACCCAUUGUUACUCCACAACAAAUAGUUGCAUCCCGUUCUAUUACCAGAGCAUUUACUGGAGACUUGAAAACAGAGAUAUUUUCGUUCCCCUUAUUUCCUGGAAACGAGGCAAAUUACCUAAGAUCACAAAUUGCUCGAAUAACUGCUUCCACCUCAAUAUCUCCAGUUGGUUAUUUUAAGAUUAAAGAAGGGGAAAAUGAAAAUGAGGAGGGAAUCGAAAAAGAACAAAUGAGUGAUGGAAUUUUAACUAAAAAUCCAGAUUAUGAUCCCUAUCCUGUCAAAGAAUUGAUUGAUUUGUCUAUGUCUAAUUGGUGUCAUCACAGUCCAAUCAUUUUAAAACAAGGACGUAUUGUUCCUUGCAAUUUAAAUAAAAGUAAAGUUAAUAACUUAGUAUCUGUGAGUUGUUGGACUUUGACAGAUCACGGAAUGACUCCGUUGCCCGGCGUCACCACGUGGAGAUGCCUUGAAUACAAGCCCACAAAAGAAUUCGUGGACUAUAACAUUGAAGAAGAAGAGAAUGUGGCAGAUGUGGAUGAAAACAUAAAAAUAUUUAAUAAUGAAGAAAGUACACCAUUGUUAACUCCUCUGUCUGAAGAUGAAACCUCAAAGUUUUUUACACCCUGGUCCUCAAGGCAAUCAUCUCAAUUUCAACAAAAUAUUUCUAUUGCUAUAGUUCGAUCAAAUGUAUGGCCUGGAGCAUUUACGUUUGCUUUAAAUAAGAGAUUAAUUAAUUUAUACGUCGGGUUUGGUAAUAAAAAAUAUGCGAACAAUUUUAUGCCACCGUUAUUGCCAAAAGUGCAAGAUCAAUACAACAUUGCACCUGAAGUAAUGGAAACUUCUGAUCCAUCUGACUAA